AUGCCCCCUUCUGCCUCUGAUUGUGUGCCAAACUUUGGCACUUCUAAGAGAAAACGUCCAAAUUCCAUUGAACAACCUCCGUUUGAUCUUGUAGGAACAACCAUUAGUAUUCCUGAUGCUUCUUUGCACGCUGCUUCUAAUCAAAAUGCUGAUAUUCUGAUCAGUGAUGAGUUAGCAGGUAGAGCUUCAUAUUCUUUUGACGUUCAGUCAGAAAACGUGUUAACAGGUGCUGAACUACCGCACCUGCUCAGCUUUACAAAAGCUUCAUUGGAAAGUGAAAAGCAUGCUUCCUCUUCUAUUAUUGCAAGUUCCAUUCUGUCUAAUGUACAACAAGGAGGAGAAGUUUCACUGGUCACUGCACCAAUGCCUUAUGAUCUUCACCGCCUCUUUAUCGGUGAUGAUGUCAGGAAGAAUGCUCGUACAUACAACAACAAUGUUUCUUUCACUACUUUUGCUGCAAAAUAUGAUCCAGAACUGACGAAAAAUAAACACGGUGUUUAUACGUUUCGAAUACAAGGCCAAGUAUAUCACUUCCUUGAUGGUUUGUGUAUAUAUAAUCUUCCAUUAGCUUCUCAAGUUGCUGCUAUAUGGACUGAGACUGAUGAUGAAUCAGUUGAUAAGUCAGUUCAUAUUCAGUAUCCUUUAUUAUUUCCUUGUAGUGAGUCUGGAUGGCACCAUGGAAUUCAAAGGAUUACGUGCGAAAAUAGGAAAAGAGCGCGUCAUGUUUGUGAAGAUGAUAUUCCUAUUGAUCUAGCAUCUAUCAGUGGUCCAUCUAAUUUGAUUAACCUGGAACAAAGAGUCGCUGAUCAUGGCAAGAAACAGAAAACUAAUGUCACUGCUAGGGAAUACUACUACUAUAGGUUUCAAAUGAGAAAUGACGAUGAGUCCAUGUUGUUACAUGCACUGAGAUUGUUACAGCAGUAUGUUGUUGAUAUCUACGUUAAGAUAGAGACAUCUAGGCUUGAUUUUCACAGAAACAAACAAAAUACCAUUCGGACUGAAGCUCUUCAAGGAAUAAUGGACAGUGUCUUUUUAGGCCAGACGUCAGGUUCUAAAGUUGGCCGGCGAAUAUAUUUGCCAGUUUCGUUUCUCAGAGGACCGCGAGAUAUGAGGCGUAGAUAUCUUGAUGCAAUGGCUUUAGCCAAAAAAUAUGGAAAGCCUGACCAUGACAUGCAUGGUCAGGUUUUUUUGACCAUGACAUGCAAUCCACUGUGGCCAGAAAUUCAGGAACAUUUAAAGUACAAAGAAAAACCUCAGGACAGACCCGAUCUUUUAGCUAGAGUGUUCAGGGCAAAGUUUGAAAUACUGAGAGUAGAGUUGGUUGCAAAGAAAAUAUUUGGAGACGUUGCAGCCUAUGUUUAUGUUAUUGAAUUCCAAAAAAAAAGCUUUCCCCAUGCUCACUUACUGUUUAUAUUGAAACUGCAGUUUAAGCCUCUUAAUCCAGAAGCCUAUGAUAAAAUUGUUUCUGCUGAGCUGCUUGAUCGUAAAGAGCGUCCUCAUCUUUAUUCUCUUGUUGUAAGACACAUGAUACAUGGCCCUUGUGGAAAAAUGAACAAAAAUAGCCCUUGUAUGAAAAACAGUGUUUGCAAAAAUUACUAUCCAAAAGGGUAUUCUGAACAUAUGACUCACGGUGAGGAUAGCUAUCCAAAUUAUCGCAAACGAAAGGAUGGCAAAAAAAUCAGAGUCAAAGGUUAUGAUUUGGAUAAUAGGUGGAUCAUCCCGUAUACUCCAUACUUGCUAGCUUUGAUUGAUUGUCACAUCAACGUGGAAAUUUGUUCAACUAUCAAGUUAGUUAAGUAUUUAUACAAAUACAUAUUUAAAGGCCAUGAUCUUGUCAACUUCCACACCAUAGCUGAUGAAACACCUCAAGAUGUUGAUGAGAUCAAGGAGUUCCAGCGAGGUCGAUGGGUUUCUCUUCCAGAAGCUUUGUGGCGAAUUUAUGCAUUUCGAUUGAAUGAAAUGACCCCUGCUGUUUAUAGUCUUCAGCUCAAAGUCUCAAAUGUUUGCAUCGAGAUUUUGCUCAGCACUUUUGUGUGGACACCUGCUAAAAGAAACUGGAUAGAAAGAAGCAAACACAAGGUUAUUGGCAGAAAGGCUGCUUUAGAGCUUGGCCUCUUAGAAUCUGAUUCUUUCAUUGAGGCAACACUUGAAGAAGCUGCUGGUUUUCAGAUGCCUUCCUUGCUUAGAUUUUUAUUUGUUACUUUGCUUUUGCAUUGUGCUCCAACAAAUCCAAGUCUUUUGUGGGAAAAAUUUGAAAUGAAACUUUCCAGAGACUUCGAACGAGCGCAGACUGUUUUUUCGUCCAAAGGCCAGAGCUUUUUCAUUGAUGGUCCAGGGGGAAUGGAAAAAAUAUUUUUAUAUCGUUCUCUUCUUGCAACACUUAGAUCGCAGGGAUACAUUGCAAUAGCUGUAGCGACUUCAGGAGUUGCAACAUCACUUCGUCCUGGAGGAAGAACUGCUCACUCCAGAUUUAAAAUUUCAUUGGACUUUUCCAAGAAUAAAACCUGUCAAUUGAGCAAGCAAAGCAGCAUGGCACAAUUAAUCAUUGAAUGCAAGUUGUUCUUGUGGGAUGAAGCAUCAAUGGCAAAAAGAGAAAGUAUUGAAACAUUUGAAGAAUUGUUGAAAGAUGUAAUGGAGACUGAUGAUCCUUUUGGAGGCAAAGUUGUAAUUUUUGGGGGCGAUUUUCGCCAAACUCUUCCCGUUAUUCUAGGAGUUACUAAGGACCAGUUAAUUCAGGCUAGCCUCCUACAUUCUUCAUUAUGGUUUAGGAUGCACAAAAUAAAGUUAACACAGAACAUGAGGGCUGUCUUAGAUCUUGCCUUUUCACAAUUCUUGCUUGCUGUUGGGGAAGGUGCAGAACCUGUUGAUGCAGAUAACCAGAUAUGUUUACCAAGUCAUAUGGUUAUACCAUUCCACAAUAUGAAAGAUUCUUUUGACAGGUUGAUAGCUUACACGUUUCCAGAUUUGAAUCUCUACUUAUCUGAUCCUUAUGAAAUGAUCAGUAGAUGUAUUUUAACUCCAAAAAAUACCUCUGUUGAAGACAUCAAUGAAAUGAUGAUUCAAAGGUUUCCUGGACAGCUUUUUACUUAUAAAAGCUCUGACCAAAUUGUUGAUCAGAGAUUUCAGGCAGAUUAUGAGGAUUUUUUGAAUUCUCAAAAUCCAAAGGUUCUUCCUCCACACAAACUCAUGCUAAAAGAAAACUGUCCCUUGAUCUUGCUCAGGAAUCUAAAUCCAGCUGAAGGAUUGUGCAAUGGCACAAGACUUAUUUGUCGACAGCUAAGACGCCACACUAUCUGUGCUGAGAUAGCUUUUGGUCAGCAUAAACGGAAGAAGAUUUUCAUUCCCAGAAUCCCAUUACAGACACCUAAUACUGAAAAGAAUGGGAUUCCAUUCAUCAAAACACAACUUCCAGUUUGCCUAUGUUUUGCAAUGACAAUUAACAAGGCUCAAGGCCAAACUCUUGACUAUGUUGGUGUAUAUCUAAAGGAACUCAUAUUUUCUCAUGGACAAUUAUACGUUGCACUCUCUAGAGCAAAAACUGCUAAUGCAGUUAAAGUUCUCAUACUUCCAGGAACUUUUGCUGAAGUAAAAACUGACUGCAAAACAAGCAAUAUUGUGUUUGAUGAAAUAUUGCAGUUGUCUAAUUGA